AUUGUAUCAAAGUAUGAAUGAUAGUGUAACUUGUCUUGUAACAGUUUCGCUGUAGAGCAUCCGUCGUGUACCUUUGUCAUUAAUAAUUUGUGUCACUUGUCACUUGUGUUUAAGAACACGUUCUAUUGGUAUUAUUAGGUCUAGGAGUUUUUGAUAACACAAGACACAAGGCUUUGUAUUCGCAAUGAGUGCAUUGAGGUUUGUUUGUUAUAUUGCCGUCUUACUAUUAAUAUUAAUUUUAAAAUAAGUUAUUCAGUAGAUUUGAUAUAUCAAAGAUAUGGAUUGAUUAUCUGAUUUUAUCGAAUUCAAAUCAUUAAUAAUUAUAUAAAUUUAGUUAUUAUUUAUUUAACUUUAAAAUUUUAAUUGUCUUUCAAACUACUUGAAACUUUGGCCUAGACUAGGUUACAGUUACUAACUAGUUACUUUAUUACAAAAUUAAGUAUUUAAAUUAAUUUAAUAAUGCUAUAAUUAUAAUUUAAUUUAAAUGAUAGAAAAAUGAUUAGUUCUAAUUCUAAUAAAAUAAUAGUAUGAUAUUAUAUGUAAAUGAAGUAAAAUAGUCUAUUUAAAAACUAUUUGAAUUUUGUGUAGUGAUUGUCAUAGUCAUAACUUACUUAAAAUUAAAAACUACCAUGCCAUCAGAGUAUUAUCCUGCCUUACUUUAUUAAAGUUUAUUUUAGGCAGCUACUUUACAACAGUACUACAAGUGCUAGUACUAGUAAUAAUAACAACUAAAAUUUCUCUCAGAUUUUUAACUUAAAAAACAGUGUUUCUUUCAGUUUCAGAGCAUCUUUUUUUCUUCUGUAAAAUAUGAUAAAAUAUUUUUAUUAAAAAAAAAAUUAUAAAAGAGUAGUACUCCUCCGAAUGCCAGUCCCACAUUCAUAACACUAGUAAAAUACAUUGAAUGAGCAGUUACUUUUGCAUUCAAAUAAUUUUUACCAAGGACAUGGACAUGUCAAAUAUGAUAGGCCAAAUUGUCAGUCAACAGCUUAAAGUACUGUCCGAAAACAUGUUCUUUGUGGCUAAAGCGUGACUGGAAAGCAUACAUUACAAGUAGUUUGAUAACUCAAUUUCUGCUUGGCCUACUGAACUUGAAACCAAUUGUCAAUUGUGAUGCACAAUGCAGAAAAAAGUUUUUGAAGUUUACAAAGGUGACCCAACUUUCCAUGCUUUUGAAAAGCAUAACAUGCUUGCAUGUCACUUUGUAAACCCUAUUGACUAUAGAAUAUCAUCAUGGCUAUUUUCUGUGAACUAAGCCCACAGUUUGCAAAAAAUUACCUGGUGCGUAAAAGGCCAUCUCAUACUGCACCGAUGGCAUUUCCAUGAGCAAACAUCAGAUGACUCAGCAUGUCAGACUAAAGACAUGGGAUAUUGACAGUUAGGCAGUUAUUACUGUUUUGUAUUAGAUGGUGUUCAGCGAGCCACACUAACCAAAGCAUGCUGUCAUUCAGUGCCUUCAGUUUGUCGUAAGUUUUCAUAAUUAGGCUAGUAGCAUGGCACUUUCUAACAAAAAGUAAACUAUUUGACAUUUGGGACUGGCGUUCGAAGGAAUGCCCUUUUUAUACCUAUUAAAAUUAGUGAAAUGGUGGAACUAAUGAAAUAUCAGUAGGCUCGAUAUAUAUAAAUAGAUAUAUAUAGAUAGAUAUAUAUAUAGAUAUAUAUAUAUAUAGAUAUGUGGGGGGGGGGGAGGCAUCCUUCAAUGAUGUCACCCUAUUUGGGAUACCCAUCAUCACAAAUUCGUUAAACAAUUUAGACGCCCUCAUUAUUUUUGCCACAAAAUCAUGACUACCCCUUCCCCCCUUGAUGCAUGACAUCAUUUGUGGAUGUUUCGUACCCAUAGAGUUACAGCAAAUUUAGAUACAUUGUUAAAAUUUAUGUCAUGGGCCCCACAAAUCAAUUUUUUUUUCCAGUGCAGCUGUUAGCUUAAUGAACUCCCCCCCCCACAAAUAGUCUGAAAGAAACACUGCAGUAAUGCAAACUGAAUGUAGUUUAAAGGUCUAUAAUACUAGUUUAUAUUGUAUAAUUAAGGCUACCAGUACUUAUUAAUUAGAUUUAUAGUAAUUAUUAGAGCAAAGUUGAGUGGAAUCAAUGACCAUGCCAUUGAACAUCUAUUUUUACAAACUUUAAAAAUGAAGCAAUUUUUUUAGCUUAAAAAAAUGUAACAGGUUUUACAUCUUAUUACACAAAACAUAAUAUGUGUAACAAUGAGUUCAAUAACUGUAACAAAAUUAUAAAUAGAAGGGGAAGUAAUCUCUUGGUGGGUACAAAGUCCAAUUUCUCAUUACACAUACCUUACAUGACAAAGCAAAAAAAUAACCACAUUUUAAAGUUUAAUAGAUACAAGUUACACAAGGGACCAAUUUAAGAAAUGAUGUAAAAAAACAAUAACUUCCUUUGUAAUUAUCAUUAUUGAAAAUGAAAGCCUGUUUUUAUUUUGAUGUAUAUUAAUUGGUUGAUAAACUGAGAUUUCCCAUUUUUAAAAGAACAAUUUUCAUGGGGAAACAUUUUACAUGGCUUUUAUAUGUUAAUGUUAUUGUUAUGAGAAGAUUUUCUUGGUGAUGUGGUGACCAGACAUAUGCGCACAAGACAAUUGCGCACACGACAAACGCGCACAGACAAUCCCGCAAUGACACAAAUGCGCACAGGACAAACGCGAACACCGAUAGUUGCGCACACGGACAAUGGCGCACACAGACAAAUGCGGACACCGACAAUCCCGCACAGUGACAAAUGCGAACGGCUAUAUAAGCGCACACCGACAAAUGCGCAAAUAGCAAGUUAUGCAUCGCCAAUUUAAAGAUGAUAAUGGAUUUAGUCUUAGUUGGUUUUCAGCCAAAAUACAUCAUGUUUAAAGCUAACAAUAUAUUAAUAAUCAUAAUAAAUGUAAUAAUAAUUGUAUGCAUAUUUUAAAAAAAAUUAACUUUUAAAUGUAUAGACUAAUAGUAUAGUAAUAAAAUGUUCGUUCUAGUAGUACUGCUACGUCAUGAUUUUUAACAGAUGUCAUUUAAAAAAAUUUAAUUGGAUAUUUAAGUCUUAAUCAGCAUGUUAAAUCAUCGUAGUAUGAUGGAAGCUCGUAAAAUGAUUAUUAAACAAAUAACAGCAGUACUACUACUUAAGCAUAUAGUUGAAAAUAAGACGUAUACUUAUACAUUAUACUAAAAAUAAUUGUGUUUUUUUUUUAAUAAAAGAAAGAGGAAUAUUAGUCUUAAAAUAAGAGUUGGCAUUGCACGUUUCUAAAGGCAAAGUACGUUUUAAAACAUGCAUUCAUGCAACCGAUUUGAAAAAUUUUUAUUAGUGAUUAACACGUAGUUUUAUUCCGACCCCUCUUUCAACCCGCAGAUUUAUUAGGUACAUAAUCUUGGUUAUUUAUAGUGUAGAAGGAAGUCCUAAUUGAAUGAUGAAAUUACUGUUGAUAUUUUAUUACACAUAACUUUGCAAUUAGGAUUUAAACUACCAUUAGAACAAUACGCAAACUUAAAAUGAAAGGUUAUUACUACUCUAUAUAUUAUUAUAAUUUCCAGCAAUAUUCUUUCAGUUAAAAUUAUUUUUUUUAUACCUGUUGCUAUUAAGUAAGCUCUAGUGCUUCCUCAUUAAUUCUGUAAUAGUUAAGUAUUAGUAUAGUAGACUCUAGACAAACACAUAUGUUUGGGGGGGGGGGGAUGAUUUUUAAGGACUCUUUGCCAAUAAGUCAAUUAAAUGACAAUGUGAAGAGUUUGUAGCACUAGAUUUAAAAUUUAAUAGCUUUUUAUUUGUUAUUGAAUACUUCUCAAAUGUUCAGAUGAAAAGUAUUUUUUUAAAAUAACUCAAUAUAUUUUUAAGUGACUUGCUUUAUGGAAAGUGUGAAAAUGAAAGGCAGUAUUUUCAUUAAACAUUGUGACGAAAGUUUACAAAUAGUUUUGAUAUUUUAGUGUAUCUCCCUAGCCAUAAUGGCUAUAAUAAUUACAUGUACUACCAUACUGAAUCAUAUCUGUCAGUAGUUUAAAUGGCCAAAGAAAGUGUAUAUCUAAGUUAGUUUUUUUUUGGUCAAUCAAAGAGUUAUUAAGUAGUGAACCUGUCAAAUUGUCGUGUGUAACAAGAUUUAAUAAUAAUUUCAUAUGUGUAUGCCUCAUGUAUACAUUUCUUUAUUUUUUCUCUUUUAAAAAUUCAAAUUUUUUAGAAACAUUUAACUGUUAUGUGUUUUAUUUUGAAAAGUUUAAAUGUACAUGUAAUUUACAUUUUAAAGAUAAUUCAACCAUUUUUCUUUCUUUUCAUUACAAUUUUGAAACUAUCUUCUUCUUCUUAUCUGUUUCAGACGCUCCUUCUAUACAGAAGAUUAUUGCGUCCUACGCUUAUCUAUGGUUUGUGUUUAGUCCUGCAUUCUUUUUAGAGUUUUAAAUGUUGAUAAAGUGUUGGCUUUCCUGGUUUCUUCAGGCAACCCAUUCCACGCCCGAAUUCCGGACGGAAGAACGAAAAUUUGUAUGAGUUUGUUCUAAUAAAAAUUUUUCAAAUCGGUUGCAUGAAUGCAUGUUUUAAAACUUACUUUGCCUUUAGAAACGUGCAAUGCCAACUCUUAUUUUAAGACUAAUAUUCCUCUUUCUUUUAUUAAAAAAAAACACAAUUAUUUUUAGUAUAAUGUAUAAGUAUACGUCUUAUUUUCAACUAUAUGCUUAAGUAGUAGUACUGCUGUUAUUUGUUUAAUAAUCAUUUUACGAGCUUCCAUCAUACUACGAUGGUUUAACAUGCUGAUUAAGACUUAAAUAUCCAAUUAAAUUUUUUUAAAUGACAUCUGUUAAAAAUCAUGACGUAGCAGUACUACUAGAACGAACAUUUUAUUACUAUACUAUUAGUCUAUACAUUUAAAAGUUAAUUUUUUUUAAAAUAUGCAUACAAUUAUUAUUACAUUUAUUAUGAUUAUUAAUAUAUUGUUAGCUUUAAACAUGAUGUAUUUUGGCUGAAAACCAACUAAGACUAAAUCCAUUAUCAUCUUUAAAUUGGCGAUGCAUAACUUGCUAUUUGCGCAUUUGUCGGUGUGCGCUUAUAUAGCCGUUCGCAUUUGUCACUGUGCGGGAUUGUCGGUGUCCGCAUUUGUCUGUGUGCGCCAUUGUCCGUGUGCGCAACUAUCGGUGUUCGCGUUUGUCCUGUGCGCAUUUGUGUCAUUGCGGGAUUGUCUGUGCGCGUUUGUCGUGUGCGCAAUUGUCUUGUGCGCGUUUGUCACGGAACCGAUUUUCUUAUGUAAAAUUCUUAUACUGGUUAUAAAUUGUGGUAACAUUCUUAUAAUUUAAGUUAUCUUUUUCUUGCUCUUUAACCAGAACAAAAGCAGCUGCAUCUGUGUGGAGAAAUGCAAAUUUGGGUCAUUGGAAUGUGACCAAUGUCACUGUGACUAACUCCCCAUUUUGGUGUUCCAAAUUCACCAUACCUGGGUUGACACAUGAAAGUUUUGAUAGAGAUGGUAAAGUAUUCGUCUAUUAAGUUUAACCACAAACCAUAUGAUAUCACUGUUAUUGUUUAAAUGUAUUUCACUACAUGAAGCAGUGAUACAUACAUAUACAUAUAUAUAUAGCUUUUGUGUAUGCAUAUACAUUUUUAUGUUAUUAAUCAAUAUGUAUAUACAAGUUAAAGUACUAAAUGUCAUAAUAUUAUUUAAAGUUUAUUAAAACUGUUUUUUUUUCUCCAUUGCACCUUCCAGGGAAUGUCAAAAUGACGAGCAUCAUGCUGACAUCUGUCAUUGCUAGGCAGUUUGUUCUGCACAAACCCUUCAAUGACUCUGGCAGUAUUUUCCUAGACUGGCCUGCAUUAACAGAAGACAGAUUCACUUUUGUUUCUUCAACUCAGUUCAAAAUGUCUAAAGCUUUGUAUGGUUCCGAAGUCCCAAAGUGGCCACUGGAUGUAGAAUUCAUCCUUGGCUUUGUUGGGAACUCUUCAAUGGCGGGUGUUACAAACUUCUACAACGUUGGUGAAACCUCUGAGCCGCUGUGGACGCAAAUCAAUCAGCUUGUUUCCAUUGACAAAGUCACAAGAAAGCCAACCCCGCUGCCUGAUUGGUUUAAAGACAAGUAUAAAGGAAAGGGCUGCAUGGACCAAGGCCUUAUCAUUAAGCCAUUCAACAGACCGUCAUUGACCUACAGUAUGCCAGUUGUGGUAAGAUUUUUCCAUCUUGUAAUUAAUUUCCCUGGAAUUAAAAUAGAAACAAUGACCCUUUUUUAAAAUUUUGGUGCUUCCAGACCUGUUUACUCUUACGAUUUAAGCGUACAAUGUAAGAUUUUGCGGUGUAUACAAUAUAUGUACUGUAUUUUUAUUUUUUUACUAUAUAGAUAAGGUAUUGAACAAUUUUGUGAUGAUAUUGUACAAUUAUAAGAGUUUGAGGGUAAACAGUUCUGUGCUUGCUACCGAUGCUGAACACUAACAUUUCAAAAAAAUGUUGUAAAAUUCUUGCAGGUCAGAUGGUCAGACACAGAUAACUAUAACCAUACCAACUUUGCAUCCUACGUACACUGGGCCAUUAACGCCAUCCAUGCUGCCAUCAGAGAAGAGGAAAAAGCCAAGGGUCUGAAAUCAACAGUUAGCGCAGACCAACUGCCUAGCAGUGCCCUCAACGGCAUAAACAAAGACAUAGUUUCCAAUGGCCUGAAAGAUGUCCAGAUCUGUUAUCUCAAUGAGAGCCUGGAGGGACAAGCUCUAAAUGUACAUGUCUGGCAACAGGACAAUCUGGAGCAUAAAGUUUUUACAUCCAUCGAGAGAGGGGAAGAUGAUAUAUGCCAGCUUCAGUUUGAGUACUUCAGUUCUUCAACAGAUGAAGAAUCUGCAGCUACAAAUAACAAAAUUUGAAUCCGUAUGGACACUGCUAGCUAUUUAUUUUAGAUAUUUUAGGAGCCUCACAUGUACAUACAAAAUGGAGAAGGAGAUGCCUUGCUCUUAUGUUUAUAUUGAAUAACUUUUUUGUUGUAUCAUAAAACAUAAGCUCUCAAAUUAUUUAUUGGAUGUACUUAGGUUGUUACUAAGAUAGGAUCUUUAGUAAACUAAAAAUAGAACCGUGGUACUCUAUCAUCCUGGAAUACCAUGUAAGAAUCUAAUCAUCAUGAAAUUGGCUGGUUUAUCAGUAUUUGCUCUCAGAGAGACCACUUAAAGAAUUUUUUUUUUUCUCUUGCAGUGAAGAAAGCGAUUGAAGUAAUUUAAUUUAAUAUCAUCUAUAUUUGGCUGUCCUCCAGAUACAAUAAGUUACAUGGAUUAUUGAGAUUAAAGAAAUUUUCACUGUAAAAAAAUAACACAAUUAGAAAUUUAAAGCUCCUAAAGCCAUUAUUUUUAACUGCUGAAUAUUAAUAAGUACUCACUGGAUUUGAAUUCACAAUUUAAAUUUAUUUUAACUGAAACCGGUGCAUGAAGAAUUGAUUAUAUUGAACAUAAUGAUUUUAUAAUAAUUUUUUUUGAACUGUUUUUUUCAUUUUGUAGAGGUUAGUAAAAAUAUUUCAAGGGACCGAAACGUUUUUUAAAAUCUGUUGAAGAAUGCCUGGGAUAUUGUUACAUGUCAGCAACCUUGAUAUAGUAACAUGUCAGCAACCUUGAUAUUGUCACAUGUCAGCAACCUUGAUAUUGUCACAUGUCAGCAACCUUGAUAAUGUCACAUGAUAGCAACCUUGAUAUUGUCACAUGUGAGCAACCUUGAUAGUGUCACAUGUCAGCAACCUUGAUAUUGUCAGAUGUCAGCUACCUGUGAUGGUGUCAUGUCAGCUACCUGAUAGUGUCGUUUUUCAACAACCUGUACAUUAAUAUCAUUAUGUAGGGAACCUGUGACGGUGUCACACAUCAGCAACCUGUGAUAUUGUCACCUGUCAUACAUAUCAAGUUAGGCCGCUGUUUUUUAAUAGGCUUGCUUUUCUCUGCUUAUUUGUUUUGAUCUGUGUUGAACUAACUUCCAUUGUUUGGUCUGAGUACCAGUAUCUGCCAGGUUGCCAACAAAAGCUAAAUCUGUUUUACCAAGAACAUGAAGCAUCGAGCCAGUGAGAAUACUCUCACCACUGCUGACUAUUUAUGUCUUGCAUGAAUGAUCAAUUGUUAAAAUACGCAAAGAAAUUGAUUUUUGAUCAAUGAAAAAAUUUUUUUUUAAAAAUUGUUUAAGAUUAUAUCUUGUAUAAUAAAGGACAUUAAUUAAAAAUAAGGCAGAAAAAAUAAUUGAUUUUAUUUUUAACUACACCUUUUUGUUUAAGUACAAUAUAUGGUAAUAAUCAUUUAAUAUUUAAAUUAUCCUGUGCCAUAAGUUUAGAAUAUGUCAAUAAUCUAUUACAAGUACGUGUAUCACAAUUGUAUGCAUCAAUUUGUUUUAAAUGUUGAUAUUGAAGCUUCGUGCAGAUUGUUUUAUUUAUUUAGGAGAAUUUCAAUGAAUUGCUCUUUCAACUUUUAAAAAAAAAUACAUUAUUUAAAGACAAUAAAUAAUAAUUUACAGAAUAAAAUAGAUACAGAUUUGUAUGUAAUUAGAAUAUCAACAUUUGUCAAUAAUGUGAUGCGCCCCUUCCCACCUUAUUAUCCCCACAUUGUUCUAUGAACAUAUGGUAUUAGACAUGUUGGACCCACCACUGAUAAAACAUUUGACUCCAUUGAUGACAUCAUUUUCCAGAGCCAGAAAUAAAAAAAAUAUGGUCUAAUCAGAUUCAUCCUGCUAUGGUCUGAAAGAGCUAAUAUAAAGCUAUGGUCUGAAAGUGCUAAUAUAAAGCUAUGGUCUGAAAGAGCUGAUAUAAAGCUAUGGUCUGAAAGUGCUAUUAUAAAGCUAUGGUCUGAAAGAGCUGAUAUAAAGCUAUGGUCUGAAAGAGCUGAUAUAAAGCUAUGGUCUGAAAGUGCUAAUAUAAAGCUAUGGUCUGAAAGUGCUAAUAUAAAGCUAUGGUCUGAAAGUGCUAAUAUAAAGCUAUGGUCUGAAAGUGCU